GCCAUCUUAUCUUCUUCGUACAAGUGAAUAAGAGGAAAAGAGAGAGAGUCUCCCCACUUGAGGAGACGCGUCAUCCCAACACAGCCACACAGCCUCCCAAUUGCUGCCAAGCCCCUCGGUGAUUGGCCACCCCCCUUUCCCUUCAUUCAGUUAUUCACUGGAAAAACAACUGCCAGCAACUGUGAGAUUCUCUCAGAGAGCCGCAUUCCAUCUUAUUGCUGCCUAGAUCCCAACAAACAACUUUACCUCUCUGUAACUGUCCACGCGGCGGCCUCCGGCGUGUUGAUAAUGGUCGCCAUUCUCUACUUUCGUCUCUAUUGCAAGAAGAAAGAAGAAGAAGAAGAAGAAGAAACUAUUCUUCAGGCCGCCGCCACAACCAACGAAAUGGCUACUGACACUCUCCAAAGCAACAACGAGAAUGAGAAACGUAGCACCACCUCAUGCUGCAACAAGUCAGGCCGCCGUCGUCGCAACUGGCCAUUUCUCUGGCUGACCGCCAUCCGUACCUGUCAACUGGCCUACUUUGCCCAUCUCCACGCCGUAGUCUUCUUGUUCGACCAGACUGGCUAUUACAAUGGCAUGUGGGCAUGGUACGCCUCCCCAGGUGACGAUGAGCGAUCAAAAGCCGGCAUGCGCUGGGCGCGGGCAUUGUCUCUCCUUAACCUAAUCUACAUCCUCAUAACCUUUAUCUUCUCCCUCAUGUUCCGCAACCUCGACCCCAAAAAGUGGCGCCUCUUCGGCAUCCACACCUUCUUCGGUGAUCUGCUCAUGGCAUGGUCCCUCCUUCACAUCCUCCGAGUCUUGCAUCCUUCUUACACCAACUACUGCUACGAUGUCCCCCGCAAGUUUGACUACGAAAACCAAGGCAUCCUCACCUACCUUGGCAAAGGCCAAUUUAACAAAGAACGCUACCUAACCUGCGCCCUCCUCGACUCAAUCUUCACCCUCGGCGCCAUCCCCGCCUUGUCUCACAUCGCCUCCAUCAUCGCCACCACUUGCAACAUCCGCCGCGCCACCAACCAGCAACAGGUCGAGGUCUACCCCAAGGAGGAGGGUGCGGUCGACAUCGAGCAGGGCACGAUGAUCAUCCCGCCAGCUGCCGAGCCAUCCCGUUCCCAGUCUCCUGUCUCCUCAUCAUCCAGGGGCCCAUCACCACCGCCGUCGUACCGUUCCCGAUCCAGCUCCGGAGCAACAGAAGCCGGCCGUCCCCCAAGCUACAGGUCAGCGCCGUCGGUCAGAGCUCGAGCGUCAAUGGAGACCGUGUCGUCUGUUGAUCCUGAUUCCUAUCUUGUAUCUGAUGGGUGGAGGGCGCCGGAGCACCCACCAGUAUAUUCCAGCAGACCGCCAAGUUUGCGGGAUGGACAGGUUUAG